AUGUCAACAUUGGAGGACGAAAAAGCAGAAAACUUUAUUCAAGAACGAUUAGAUUCAUUAUAUGAAAUAGAUUGUAAAGUAGUAUCAUUACUAGACCAAUUUUCAACUAUUUUCCAGUCUUUCUACACCAAGGAUAAAGAACAGUUUUCAGAACAAACAACAACAAUUUAUUCAACAUUAAGUAAAGUAGCUAUUGAUUUGAGAAAAGAGAUCAAGAUAAUGGAUGAUAAUAUUGGUGUUCAUGAUAAGAACGAUGACGGAGUGAUGAUUUUACCUAUAACAAAUGUUGAUCAAAAGAAUACAAAAUUAGGUCGCAAGAGAUUGAACCUCGAAGUCGAGGAAUUGAAAAAACUAAUAACAGAGGACCAACUGAGUGAAAGCCAAGAGGAUAUAGAUAUGAAAGAAUAA